AUGGAAGACAAGUUUGAUGAAGGUCCGCGCAACUACAACGAUGAGUCAAGUGCCGUUGAAUUUGACAAUCAAGACGAGGACGUAGAGAAAGAAGAAGGUAAAACUGACGUCGACAUGAACUCGAGCGACGAUGAAGACGAAGACACCAGGUCUUCGAAGAGCAACAUCAAGAGACACACGCGCACUCAAUCACUUGAGAAAGCUACCGUCAUUCCAAGUCCCAAGUGA